CUAAGCUACCAGUCGCGCGUCGUCGGCUUUUGCCUCUGCUUCUUCACGGGGCUCGUCCUCAUGUUCCUCGCAAACACGAAGAUCUCGGCCAUGCUCGCGGGGAACCCGACGCCCUUCGGCGUCUACUACACGUUCGGCAACCUCGUCGCCAUCGUCGGCUCGUUCUUCCUCUCCGGGCCGACGGCGCAGUUCAACAAGAUGACCGAGGGGUCGCGCGUCGUCUCCUCCGCCGUCUAUCUGCUCGCGCUGGCGGCGACGCUCUUCUUCGCGCUCGACGACUCGCUGCCGAAGACGCCGCGGCUCUGGUGCCUCCUGACCGCGAUCCUCGUCCAGUACCUCGCGCUGCUCUGGUACACGCUGUCCUUCGUGCCCUUCGCCCAGGCCUACGUCUGCGCCUUCUUCAAGGCCUGC